AUGGUUCCCUCAAAGCCAACAAAAUUCAACAAGAGAAGAUCAACGUUGAAGAACAAAGCGCAGCAACUGCAGACACUGAGCGAUGUCAUGGUUUGCAUGGUGUGCUUCGGGGCCGACGGCGAGGUCACGACGUGGCCAGAAGACAAAUCUCUGGUUCAUGAAACGAUCAUCAGGUACAAAUUAGCUCAAUUCAGUGAGAGAUCAAAGAAGAAACUCAAGAACCACAAGUGUAACCUAAAUCUUUUAGGUUUCCUUGGCAGCAAGAAACGAAAACUCCAAAAAUCCAAUAAGCAAAAUCCCCAGAAGAAGAAGAAGGAUAUUGGGAAUUUGUUUGCAAAUUGGAAAGCGAAGUUGGACAAGUUGCAGGAGAAGGAACUGGUGGCCCUGUGUAAUUGCUUGGAGUCGAAGCUGCGGGACUUGAGAGAGAAGAUUAAGUUGCUGGGAAUGAAGGAGAAGGAGAAGGGGAAGGCGAUUCAAGUUUAUGGUAGCAAUGGAGAUAAUAAAGAGCUUAAUUUAGAGAGUCAGCAAGAAGUUUUUGCAUCACCAAGUGGAUUUUGCCGUCACAGUGAUGUUUUAUGGAGGUGUAACAGUGAGAAUUUAGUUCUUUGCGGAGAAAAUUGUAAUGAAAAUUAUGUGGGUAAUUGUUAUGAAGAUUUUUUAAGUGGGGUUGGAAGUGAAGAUAUUGGUUUCGUGGGAGAGAGUAGUAAUAAUAUUUUGAACCCUGGUGAUUCCAUGCUUGGUCAAAGAGAAACAACGCCGAUGCAUGAAGCUUUGCCGAUGUCUAUCAGGCACUCUCCAUGGCCAUCCUCCAACGAGUUAGCUUCCUGA